UAAAUCAUUGACUCAUCAAAUGGAAUAAUGAAUGCUAAAUCAAAACAGUCCAGAACAGUGGGACUUACUUUCAGAUUACUAAAAAGCCAGUCCUAACAUUCUCACUGUUGUGUAAUAGUAUAUUGUUCCUUCUCUGCGCACAGAUGUUUGUACAGAAAUGAGGAGCAGAGGGCAAUGCCAGCUGAAGACCUUGAGGUAUCAACUAUAGACAUAACAGCUUCCGAGAUUCCAAGCAAGAGGACUGGGGAGUUUGUUCUCUCCUCCAAGAAAAUAAGCUUAUUUUCUAGGUUUAUAUUCCAUUAGCAGUUCUUAUGGAGAAGAGAGUGGUUCUGAUCACAGGAUGUUCUUCAGGAAUUGGCCUGGGUUUAGCUGUACGUCUCGCCUCAGAUUCCCAUCAGAGAUUUAAAGUCUAUGCCACUAUGCGGGACCUUUCUAAAAAAGAACAACUGCUGGAGUGUGUACGUGACUGUCAUGUUGACACCUUUGAGAUCCUAGAGAUGGAUGUCACAGACCAGCAGUCUGUGAUCGGCACCAUCAAGAAGAUCAAAGAGCAAAGGGUAGACAUUCUUGUAUGUAAUGCUGGUGUUGGUUUAAUGGGUCCUCUGGAAUGUCACCCCUACAACACCAUGAAGAAAAUCUUUGAUGUGAAUUUGUUUGGGACUAUAAGCACCAUACAAGCCUUCCUCCCUGGAAUGAAGCAGAGAAGAUCUGGACAGAUCAUUGUUUCCAGCAGUGUUGGGGGCCUGCAAGGUAUCCCAUUUAAUGAUGUGUACUGUGCCAGUAAAUUUGCAGUGGAAGGUUUCUGUGAAAGUCUGGCUAUCGUUUUACAGCAUUUUAAUGUUCAGAUCAGUCUCAUUGAGUGUGGCCCAGUGAACACAAAUUUUAUGAAAAAACUCCAAAAUGGCGAACCUGGUAAUAACCAGCUUCAGAAUGUGGACAUUGACACCCGUUGCCUUUAUGCCCAGUACCUACAUCACUGCCAGGCCAUCUUUCAAGAUGUGGCUCAGGAUACAGAUGAAAUCUUACAGGUGUUUCUGGAAGCCAUUGAGGCUCAAGUCCCAGCGCUCCGAUAUUUCACAACACAAUUUUUUAUGCCACUUACCAAGCUGAAGUUAUCAUGUGCAAGUGGAUCAGAGUACAUCCACGCUAUGCACAAGUUUGUGUUUUCCAAAGCAAAGCCAAAGGAGGAAGGACAGUGAACAACCAAGUGGGCACAUGAUGAUAUUGUAAUACUGUCUAUUCAUGGUUGUGAAAUCAAUGACAUGCAUAAU